CCGGGGUGCAACGUUCCCUCACUCACUUCAUCCACCAGAGUAGCAACUAGACAGGCUGCGGCAGUGGGACCAGUCUAGGCCGAACAACUACCGCGUUUGGCUCGACUCGAAGGAGCAUUGUUCAGGACGCUGUCCGCUAUCCGGUGCGUUCCAGCGGUCUGGUCGCUAUCGGCGGCUCCUGCUUACCUGCUGCAUGUCCUUCGCGUGGGAGUAGUUCAAUCCCGUCUGCAAGCACGCAUAGCCACACUCGAGUGAUUGGUUCCCGGUUGUCUUCUAGUUGGCGAUAGAAACGGUGGUUGAUUAGUGCACAACAAGCCAUAGGAAGGAGGCCAUCGCUCUUUUCGACAGUCGCAGCCGAUCACUUGAGGAGCUACCUACCUGGUGCCAUCAUCCAAUAAGGCGAAGAAGAUGAGUUUGCAUCCUGGCAUUCUGUGGGCCCAGCGGACCGAUAAACUUUACCUGACAGUUGAGCUGCCAGAUGCUAAAGAUCCGAAGAUUAAAUUGGAGCCCGAGGGCAAGCUGAGCUUUGCAGCGAAAGCAGGCACCAGCUUGUAUGAGGCGAAUCUUGAGUUCUUUGGCAAAAUCAAAGUCGAUGAGAGUAAAAUUAGCGUCGGGCAGAGAAACAUCAUCAUGGUUAUCGUAAAGGAUUCACCAGGAUAUUGGGAAAGACUUGUGAAGGCUGAGGGAAAGGCGCCUCCUUUCCUGAAGGUUGACUGGAACAAGUGGGUAGAUGAGGACGAAGAGCAGGAGUCUUCAAAUUUUGAUAAAUUUGACCUUGGAUCAAUGGAGGAUUUCUCGAAGUUUGAUGGCGCUGAGAACGAGGAAGCUGAUAGCGACGAUGAUGAUGAGCUUCCGGAGCUGGAGAAGUAGGAGGCUGGUGCCAGCAUACCACUGAAGUUGGUGGCCAAUUCCUCCUGUAGGGUUCAUCCUCGUGUAGGUGGAAAACUAGAAUCUUCCUGCAAUUGUUUCUCUGGGUCGUCUCUCUGACUCAGCGCAGGGAAGAAGAGUCUUGAGAAAAACGAACGGAUAGUUGCAAUAGCGGUCCCUUAUCUGGACACAGUCCGAUUCAGGCUCGAAGAAAAGAAAAGAAAAGAAAGAGUGAGUGCCAUACGUAAUAGCCGCUCAGACCCUUUUGAUAGCUGCAGAAGUGGUCUUUAUCCCGUGCCGCCUUUCCACUUUCUCUUCAUCUUUCCCAUUCCCUUUUUUUCCGCUUAAUCCCUUUGAGACCCGUCCCCCUGUUCCAGCUUCCCAGCAUGCUGCUGGCAUAUAACAGUGAGGUCCGUGUCGUCACGGAGUUAGCGAUGGAGAGACAGGUUAGUGUAUGGUAAUGUUGUUUCUGGUUUUGUUUGUUGGAUUCGGUGCAUAUUCUCGAGGUCGUGCAAGUGCUGCAGUGUGUAACCGAGGGAAUGCUCAAGCGGGGUUCCAUGUUAAUGGUGUCGGUUUGAAGAGGUCUAUGUCGUUGAGUUUGUGGCUGUUCUCUGAAAUUCGUUUGGCACAUCUCUAGCCUUCAAAGUACUGUAUGCCUGGACUGUGCCUUUUUUUGAUGGUGUAGAGGCAUUCUGUAGCCUUCUGGUUGGCAAGAAGCAGAGUUCGACUUGUGGGCUGAUGGUGUUCUGGUGCAGCUUGAUGAGGUACCUCAUGUACCAAUGAUGUACGAUAGAACUGCUCCUUGCGGUAGCUGGCUGUGAAUCAGAUCAAAUGUGAGAGAGCGCCUUUUGACAGGAAGCCUGCUUUGGCGCCUGUCUUGGUGCUCAUAGGAGCUUGGCAUCCUUGUUUCUUCUUGAUAUUCAUACAAAGUUGUUCUCUCUGUUUUGGACGUGAUGGGGAUGUGUUCUUUCUGCGAGUUGUGAAUGUGUUGUAUUUUCUUUUGAAAUUUCAAAUUUGUUUGUUUGUUCUAACGGCAUUUUGGCUAGGUUACCGAUGGUCCGGAGACUGGACGUCUCCCCCAUACGUCCGGUCCCCCCGACGGGUUUUUGGCACUAAAUAAUAAAAAAUGAGAAAUGAACGAAAUGACAGUGU